UUAGAGUUACUGAACAGUAUAAUGCGCAGUCUUACGACGACGUUUAGAGUUUUUAAUCAGUACUACCGAUUGAUUGAUUUGGGAUCAGAAGAGAAAACUCCGAAACGAAAAUGGCAGGAAGAUUGAGCGGUGUGGCGUCAAGGAUAAUGGGUGGAAACGGCGUCGUUGCACGAACCAACGCCUCAUCUCUCCGCCAACGCGCCGGCAUGGGUCUCCCCGUCGGCAAACACAUCGUCCCCGAUAAGCCUCUUUCGGUUAACGACGAGCUGAUGUGGGACAACGGGACUGCGUUUCCAGAGCCUUGCAUUGAUCGAAUUGCUGAUACCGUCGGGAAGUAUGAAGCAUUGGGAUGGUUGUGUGGCGGUUUAGGCUUCUUUGCGACUCUCGGUUUGCUCGCUGUUGUGAAUGAUAAAGCUUCCAAGGUUCCUUUUGGGUACUUGUUUUCCCCAUUUCAUGGGUUAUCUCUUAUUGUGCUGUUCCUGCAGACACCCCGAGUGUAUCCGUAUGACAACCUGAGAGUGGAGCUUGGUGGAGAGCCAUAGAGACCUACCUAUCAGAUGAUCUGCUUAUCAAACUCGAGCGUGUUUUCUUCUAAACUUGUUUUAGUUUCCUGCUCAGAACUUACAGACAAAAGAAUAAAAGAGACAUCGUUUUCAUCUAAAUGCGUUGUCUCUGUAACUAACAGUGACCAUUUGGGUGUAUUCAAAAGAGAAUACGUCUGGCUUUUCAACAAAUCUAGAUUUUUUUUCUUAA